UAGCAAAAGACCCGGAUAAAGAAAUAAUCUUACGAAACUUUUUCGGUUUUACCUGUUAACGGCGUAUUAAGGAGUAUAUAGUUGUUCUCUCGAAUGGUGAUCGUGGACUAGCAUGCGAUGGCCGGUGUAUAUACAGGCUGCAAGGUUCAUGAGCCUUAAAGCAAAGCCUGUGAAACCACCUUUCUAUCGUCGUCGGUGGUUUUAUGUAUUAGCAGGACUGCCAAUCAUAGGUGGCGCCACAUACGCAUCGCUAGAUAAAGUCACCCAGAGGAAAGCGAGAGUCAUUAUUCAAGGAUUUGGGCGAUUUCAAAGGUCACUGUUUAUUGGAUUAAAAAUCUCAAUAGACUACAAAUACACACUAUGGAACUUAGAUGAAGAAUCAGAAGAAUAUGAAAAAGCUCUGGGGCCAUGUCACAAACGUGCGGCAGAGCGCAUUUUACAAGGAUGUUUACAAAAUGGUGGACUUUACAUCAAAUUGGGCCAAGGUCUUGUGUCCAUGAAUCAUAUUUUACCAAAGGAAUAUCUCAACACUUUAGAAGUUCUACAGGAUAAAGCAUUAACAAGGACAUCUGAUGAGGUUGAACAAUUAUUCCAAGAAGACUUUGGCAAGAGCCCAAAUGAAAUGUUUAAAAGUUUUGAAGAGACUCCAAUAGCUGCAGCCAGUCUUGCACAAGUCCAUAGAGCUGAGACGCAUGAGGGGGAACAAGUUGCAGUGAAGGUCCAAUAUAUUGACUUGAGAGACAGAUUUGCUGGAGAUAUUCGUACAUGUGAGAUACUACUGGAUCUUAUAGGCUGGAUGCACCCAAAGUUUGCAUUUAGAUGGGUACUCAAGGAUCUUAAAGGUACUCUAGCAAUGGAGUUAGAUUUUAUCAAUGAAGGGAAAAAUGGAGAGAGAUGUGCGGAGGACCUUAAACACUUUAAAUAUAUUUAUGUACCAAAAAUAUAUUGGGAUAAAACUAGCAAGAGGGUUUUAACCACUGAGUUUAUAGACGGCUGUAAAAUUAGCAACAAAGAAGCCAUCAAAGAAAUGGGUCUUUCAUUGAGUGAUAUUGAUGAAAAGUUAGUCCAGUGUUUUUCUCAUCAAAUAUUUCACACAGGGUUUGUGCAUGCGGAUCCACAUCCAGGGAACAUAUUUAUCUGUAAAGACAAUGAUGGUACUGCUCAACUGGUGCUACUGGACCACGGUCUCUAUGACUACUUACGACAACAUGACAGAGUGGCGCUAUGUAGACUAUAUAAGGCUAUUAUACUCAGGGACGAAGACAACAUGAAACUAUUUGCUAAUGACCUUGGAGUUGAAGACUGGCAUAUAUUCUGCAUGAUGACCAUUCAGAAACCCUUUCGAUUAAAAUCCCAGCCCCCUCGCAGUAAAAGACUCCGGCGUUACACGGCAGAAGAAUGGAAAGCCCUACCCCCUGAGGAAAAAUCAGCUGUACGGGCAGAAUUUAGAAAAUUUGCUGAUGAAAUUAGUGAUAAAAUGAUCAAAAUAACAAAAUCUAUGCCAAAAGGUCUACUUCUGAUUUUUCGGAACCUCAACACAAUACGAGCCAUCAACAGAAUCCAUGGCCACCCUGUAGAUAGAUACACCAUCAUGGCUAGAAGUGCAAUUGCUGGGGCUUAUAAGGAAGAGAGGCACACAGGUUUAAUAAGCAAAGUACAAUCAUCCUGGGAGAGACUUGUCUUUGAAUACAGACUACAAUCUGAGAAAUUACGAACUUGGAUGGUAGAACGAUAUGUGAAAGUAUUGCAGUUUCUAGGAUGGCUACCAAAUUUAGAUGAAUUGAAGAAAAUCAUAGAGAAAAAUGAACAGAAGAUGGAAACUUUAUGACAUCACUGAAAAUUAGCUUGAAUUAAUGGAUAUAGUUUUUCAUCCUAAGCUGUGAUACAGACUGGCAGACAUUGUACAAGUGGACUAGUCAAAAAUAUAGCAUAGCAUACUGAGCAGUUAUUCAAAUGCUGAACAAUUAUCUAUUGCUCAUAAUCUGAAGAGCUAUCUGCAGUACAGUGGAUAAUCUGAAAGUCAGAUUUUUUAUAGACACUACUGUGCUUCACAAGACUUUUUAUAAAAAGAAAUUCAUGAGAAUGCUUACAAUAGACCAAUCCAUAAAUGACGCCAUCAAUUGGUCGGCUAAAAUGUAAUUCCUUCAGUUUUAGACCACAAAUACAUAGGAUUAUUAAACUUA